AUGUCCACUCCAACAACAAUGAAGGCCGUCCUGGUCGAAUCAACCGGAGGGCCCGAAGUACUCCAAUUCCGCACCGCCCACCCAGUGCCCACCCCUAAAGCCGGGCAGCUACUAGUGCGCAACAACAUCUCUGGCGUGAACUUCAUCGACACCUAUUUCCGCACAGGACUCUAUGCCUCGCCAAAGCCCGAGAUUCUAGGCCGGGAGGGCGCCGGAACCGUCGCGGCCCUGGGCCCCGAAACAACCGGCUUCCAGGUCGGUGAUCGAGUCGCUUGGCUUGCUACUGGCGGUUAUGCAGAGUUCACUGCUGUGCCCGCGGCUAAGACUGUUAAGAUUCCCGAGGGCAUUAGCGAUGAGGACGUCAUGGCGUCGUUCCUCAGUGGUUUGACCGUGCUUGCUUUUGCUAAGGAGACGUACCCUGUGCAGAAGGGCGAUUGGGUUCUGCUUCAUGCUGCGGCCGGUGGUGCAGGAUUCCUUAUGACUCAGAUUCUGAAGUCGAUGGGUGCGAAGGUUAUUGGAACUGCUGGUGGUGCGGAGAAGUGCGCGCUUGUUAAGAGCCUUGGAGCCGAUGUGGUGAUUGACUACCGCAGCGAGGAGGGCAAGAACUGGGUGAAGUUGGUUAAGGAGGCGACUGGUGGCCGUGGUGUGGAUGUUGUUUAUGAUUCCGUCGGAUUGGAUACGUGGGAAGGAAGCUUGGACGCCGUCAAGCGCAAGGGUACUGUUAUCUGGUUUGGCAAUGCAAGCGGGCCUGUGCCGCCACUUCAACUUCCCAAACUUUCGGCCAAAUGUGUCAAGGUCGCUCGCCCGACCCUCUUCGGUUACAUUGAAACUCGCGAGGAGUUCGAAUACUACACCAAUGAGCUAUUUGGCCUGCUGAAGUCGGGCCAACUCAAGACCAAGAUCCAUAAGAUCUAUCCACUGGAGGAUAUUGCCCAGGUGCACGAGGAUUUGGAAGGCCGCAAGACUAUGGGAAAGCCUCUUCUGAGACAUUCAAGCUCGCAAUAA